ACACUCUUUUCACUUCUUUAACGGUUGACGUUUUGUGACUCUUGAGAGUCAUAACGAGUUUUUUUUGUAUAUAUCAGAGAGUCCCUGUCUAAUGAGUUGACCAGAUCUCGUCAGUCGUCACCAUGGACAUGUCAGGCAUGGAUAUGGGCGGUAUGUCUGCCGGUGCGGGCAUACCGACCUACUUCGAGUUCCAACAGUAUUACUGGGCUGUUGUUGGGACAGUCAUUGCUACUGCGACAGUAGCCAAUGUGUUGAAUAGAUUUCUUGCCAAGCAACGUCUCCUCGAUAAAUCCAAAACACCAUCACAGCCAAAAUCAUCAUUCUUCCAGGCAUAUGCUACCGUUACAGCCAUCACCAGAGAAGUCGCCAAUGCGACAUUGCAGCCCGUGAAACUAGGGGGUUAUACACUACACCUUGCGCCCAUCGGGCCUGUGUCGCUGGUCUUGGCCAACCUCUUGACCAUCCUGGUCAUGAUGUUUUACGGGUUCGAUACCGCGAACUGGUUAAAUUGGGAAAAUAUCGGUUACAGAGCCGGAUUCAUGACCAUCUGCCAAUUACCCUUGAUUAUCCUGCUGGCCGGGAAACAGAACAUUAUUGGACUCUUGACCGGAAGUAGUCAUGAGCAACUGAACUGGUACCAUAGAUGGGUCUCACGGACGCUGUGGCUGUCGGCUACAAUCCAUAUGGGCUUUUGGUUUCGGGAUUACGGCAGAUUUCACUAUAUUCUGACCAUGAUCAAGACCGACUACUACACGAAACAUGGAUUUGCAGCAUGGAUCAUUUUGACUUUUAUUUUCUUAACCUCCUUUGCACCAGUGCGUCGCUGGAAUUACGAGUUUUUCGUCAUUCAACAUAUCGUGACUAUGGCUGGUUUUCUUGCUGCGACCUACCUGCAUGCUCCGCAGGAAGUCAAAGUCUGGGUCUGGAUACCAAUCGGCUUUGUAUGUUUUGAUCGAUUCGCCAGGAUUCUCAUUCUGGCUUUUGCCAAUUUGUCCGCUAUUCACUUUUGGUCGAAGAAGCAACGACCAUUCUUUGCCAAUCAGGCUACAUUUACUCCGCUCGCUGGGAAUGUCACCCGCAUUACCGUUCGGGACCCGCUUAUUACUUGGAGACCCGGACAGCAUGUGUUUUUGAGUUGUCAUUCAGUGGUGCCUCUACAGAGUCAUCCAUUCACCAUCAUGUCACUACCUUCCGACGAUAAAAUUGAGUUCCUCGUGCGUGCCGAGAAAGGUGGUACUCGACGAUUCUUCCGAUUUGCGACGAAACACAGCGCCUUACUAGGAGAGACGCAGUCAUCAGAGAACAGCAAACGAACCGUGUUUAUAGAAGGUCCGUACGGGACAGUUCGACCUCUGCGUCAGUUCGACAGUGUCGUCCUGUUUGCCGGUGGGAUGGGAUGUACCUACACCUUGCCGCUGAUGCGUGAUAUUGUGCAUGCAUGGAAGCGAGAAUCACAAAGUACUUUGCGGUUAGCUGUGACGAAGAGAGUCAAAUUCGUCUGGGUGAUCAAAUCACGCAGUCAAUUGACCUGGCUGGAACCAGAGUUGCAGUCUGUGCUGCAAGAUCUAAAGAACCUCGGACUGCAAAAUCCGCAGAUGGACAGAGAGAUCGAGAUUAGCAUCUACUUAACAUGCGAUGAAGCGUUAGAAAAGUCUACACGGACCGCAGCCCCGACACAGCAACGCGGUUAUACCGAGAUCUCAAGAAAUGACGACAUCGACGAGAAGAAAGCCCUCGAAGCAGAAAACGUCGUCGUUAGAUCCAUCUCAUCAACAUCAGAGUCUUCACAAGCAAACCAGACGACAGGCUGCGGCGUCACGAGGAAGUGCUGCUGCACCAUGACCAUUGAAAACGAAGAUGAUGUCGCAUUCGUACAGAAAUGCACAUGUUCCGGCAAAGCAGCCACCACAACACCCUCUUCGUCGGCAACUCCAUUAGUAGACAUGAAAGGAUUUAAGAGUAUGACUGGACGACCACAUCCCCGGUCUAUUAUCCAUCAUGUCCUGGAGCACGCUGAAGGUGAGAGUGCGGUGGUGGUCUGUGGACCGCGAGGACUAGCUGCUGAUGUGCGACAUAGUGUGGUGUCGUUGAGUGAUGAGCGAGCUGUGCAUAAGGGUACGGGUGCACAGGGGAUAUAUCUUCAUGUUGAGAAUUUUGGAUGGUAG